AAGAGGAAAAAACUUAUCUGCCCUCUAAUCUCCCCUUACCCCUCUCCUGCCUGAUAGAUAACCACCCCCACCCCCUCUCUCUCUGCGCCGCCGCCGCCGCCGCGGCGCCACCGCGACCCCUCGCCGCCCGCCCCUCUCCGGCGCUCGCCGCAACCCCGCACCCCUCUCCCCCGCCUCCGAUCCGAUUUUUUCACGGGAAAAAUCGCAAAAAAUCCCCUGGAAUUCGCCGCGCCAUCAUUUUUCGAAUAAAUCGCACGGCUGCUCGCGCUGCCCCGCCCACCCGCCGCGACCCGCGCGCGGCCGCCGGCGCCGGCGAUCGCAUCAGACAAUAAGCGCCCUCAUCGGGCCAACCCCCCGCCUCCCCGCGGCCCGAACCUUCGCUCCUGCCGGGAAGACCCGGCGCGCGCGCGGCCUCCUCCUCGGCACGAGGGAGUGACAGACUGCUGAGGCCCUCGGAGUUCCUUCAUGUGGUGCUGCCAUAAACUGUGAUGGCAUUCUUCAGCAAUUCUGGGAGCAGGGCUGAUUCGGGAGGGUACAACUUGAACGAGAAGGCCGACGACGAAGGUGCAUACGAGUCAGUUGCGGAUAGGGACGUCGACUUGAACUCUGGGCAUCUAAACUUGAAUGAGAAGGCUGAUGAUGCUUACCACAGUGAGGAGGAGCAGUACCAGCCAGGGCCAAAUUCUCCCGAGAUUAAAUCAGGGCAGAAUGCCCAGAGACUAGGUGGCCCGUCUGACCCAUGGGGUACAGGUUUUUUGAAGGAUUGCAGAUCCACGCACACCGCAAUGGAUGAACCUUCAAAUAGUGGCCGGGUAAUGGAAAAUGGAUAUGUGGCUGGUUCACAUGAUGACAUGGAUGGUAGUGGAGAAGAUGAUGAGCUAAACAGAGGGCAUGGGGAUGUGCCAGCUGAGGAAAUGCUUUCUGAUGACUAUUAUGAGCAGGAUGAAGAGGAUCAGAUUGAUUCAUUGAAUCGUCGUGGGAUGAGCCACCCAAGCUGUUCCAAUUCUACCGUUGCAGCAAAAUCUGUCCCCUCAAGACAAAAGAAGUCAACAAAGCGUAGUGCUUAUGGCGAUGAUGACGACGACGACGAUGAUGAUGAGAAUGAUGAUGAUGACGAUGACGCAGAUGAAGAUGAUCCAGAUGAUGUAGAUUUUGAGCCAGACAGUGAAACCGACAAGGCUGCUGUUAAGGAUAAGCUUGCGGAGAGUGAGAACUCAGGUGAAGAAGAAGAAGAUGACGAUGAGCUUGAGCUCUCAGAUGAUGAUGAAGAUGAUUUUAUUGAGAGUAGGAGGCAAUCAAAACGACUUAAGGUUGGAGGAGCAAAAGCUCCCCAGCGAAGAAAGCCUCCCAUGCAGGCUCCACGCAAACGAGGGGUAUCUCUCACAGAUGAAGAAUAUUCUUCAGGAAAAGACUCAGAUGUACCCAAUAAUGCUGAUUUUAGUCACCGGUCAAAAAAACCUGUUAGGUUGCACCUGAAAACUGUGGGCCAUAAUGAUGUUUUCUCGAAUGUCAAUUCCCAUAAUGAAUCCCGAACUUCUGGGAGGAGGAGGACACUGAGAAAUAUCUCAUAUGCUGAAAGUGAAGAAAGUGACGAUAGUGAGGAGAAGUCUGCUAAACAACAGAAGAUCUUGAAGGAGGAUCAAGAUGAGGAAGACACAGAAACAAUUGAAAGGGUCAUUUGGUAUCAGCCAAAGGGUGUUGCUGAAGAUGCACUAAGGAAUGAUCGAUCGACUCAACCUACUGUUAUGAGCAUGCCAUCAGAUUUUGAUCUGCAAUGGGAUGAUGUAGAGUUCUAUAUAAAAUGGAAAGGGCAGUCUUACCUACAUUGUCAGUGGAAGACACUGUCUGAGCUUCGUAGUGUUAGUGGAUUUAAAAAGGUUCUAAAUUACAUGAAAAGAGUGUCUGAGGAACAGAGGUUCAAGAGGUCGCUAUCACGCGAAGAGGUCGAGGUGCAUGACGUGGGCAAGGAAAUGGAGUUGGAUCUUAUUAAGCAAUAUAGCCAGGUUGAACGGGUAUUUGCUGAUAGGGCAACCAAAGUGGAUGGUGAUGAUGUGGUGGUGCCAGAGUAUUUAGUGAAAUGGCAAGGACUUCCUUAUGCAGAAUCUACCUGGGAAAAAGAUACAGAUAUUGAAUUUGCUCAAGAAGCAAUAGAUGAAUACAAGGCCCGUGAAGUUGCCACUGCUAUACUGGGAAAAGCGGUUGAUUUCCAAAGGAAGAAAAGCAAAGCUAGUUUGCGGAGGCUUGAUGACCAACCAGAGUGGCUAAAAGGAGGUAAACUUCGCGAUUAUCAGCUUGAAGGCCUAAACUUUCUCGUUAAUGGGUGGAGGAAUGAUACUAAUGUUAUUCUUGCUGAUGAGAUGGGUCUGGGAAAAACCAUUCAAUCAGUUUCCAUGCUUGGCUUCCUUCAUAAUGCUCAAGAAAUUAAUGGUCCAUUUCUUGUUGUCGUCCCACUUUCAACAUUGUCAAAUUGGGCAAAAGAAUUUCGGAAGUGGCUACCUGACAUGAAUGUUGUAAUUUAUGUUGGAAAUCGUGCUAGCAGAGAGAUGUGUCAGCAGCACGAGUUUUUUACAAAUAAGAAGGGGGGCCGGCAUGUAAAAUUCCAUACAUUGAUUACUACUUAUGAGGUGAUACUUAAGGACAAAUCUGUCCUUUCAAAAAUCAAAUGGAAUUAUCUUAUGGUUGAUGAAGCUCACCGUUUGAAGAACUGUGAAGCAUCACUGUAUAUUACUCUUUUGGAAUUCAGCACCAAAAAUAAGGUUCUAAUAACUGGGACCCCUUUGCAGAAUAGUGUUGAAGAGCUGUGGGCCCUACUUCAUUUCCUUGAUCCAGUUAAAUUCAACAGCAAAGAUACUUUUGUUGAGAGAUACAAAAAUUUGAGUUCGUUUAAUGAAACUGAGCUUGCAAAUCUUCACAAGGAAUUGAGGCCCCAUAUUUUAAGGCGAGUUAUAAAAGAUGUUGAGAAAUCUUUACCUCCAAAAAUUGAGCGGAUUCUUCGUAUCGAAAUGUCUCCCCUACAGAAACAAUAUUACAAGUGGAUUCUAGAGCGAAAUUUUCAGAAUCUGAAUAAAGGAGUCCGUGGAAAUCAGGUUUCGCUUUUGAACGUUGUUGUCGAGUUGAAGAAGUGCUGCAAUCAUCCAUUCUUGUUUGAAAGCGCCGAUCAUGGUUAUGGUGGAGACAGCAUUGGUGAUCGCAAUAAAGUUGAACGCAUUGUUAUGAGUAGUGGGAAAUUAGUUUUAUUAGACAAACUAUUGCUAAGACUGCGGGAGACUAAUCACCGAGUGCUUAUAUUCUCUCAGAUGGUGAGGAUGUUGGACAUCCUUUCUGAGUACCUGUCCCUUCGAGGAUUCCAGUUUCAGAGACUUGAUGGCAGUACAAGAGCGGAUCUUCGUCAUCAGGCCAUGGAGCACUUUAAUGCUCCUGGAAGUGAUGAUUUUUGUUUCCUUCUGUCUACACGUGCUGGCGGACUUGGUAUCAAUCUCGCAACAGCAGAUACGGUGAUAAUCUUUGAUUCAGAUUGGAAUCCUCAGAAUGAUCUACAGGCGAUGAGUAGGGCACAUAGGAUUGGGCAACAAGAGACUGUUAACAUCUAUCGUUUCGUCACCUGCAAAAGUGUUGAAGAAGAUAUAUUGGAGCGGGCAAAGAAAAAAAUGGUUCUUGAUCACUUAGUGAUUCAGAAGCUGAAUGCUGAGGGCAGGCUCGAGAAGAAAGAAACUAAAAAGGGAGCAUCAAUGUUUGACAAGAAUGAACUUUCGGCCAUACUUAGGUUUGGGGCAGAGGAGUUGUUCAAAGAAGAGAAGACCGAUGAAGAGACCAAGAGGAAGCUUGAAAGUAUGGACAUCGAUGAAAUUCUUGAGAGAGCUGAGAAAGUUGAAACAAAGGCUGCUGAAGGAGAGGAGGGCAAUGAGCUUCUUAGUGCUUUCAAGGUUGCCAAUUUUUCGAGCGGUGAGGAUGACGCCACAUUCUGGAGUAGACUGAUACAACCAGAUGCUGAAGAUAUGGUUCAGGAAACUUUAGCACCUCGUGCUGCGCGAAAUAAAAAGAGCUAUGUUGAAGAUCACCAACUUGACAAAAAUAGCAACAGGAAACGGCGAGCGGUUGAUGCACAAGAAAAGCCGAGAAGGCGCUCUAGCAGAACAGUCGAUACAAUUGUUUCAUUACCAUUGAUUGAUGGAGCUGUAGCUCAAGUACGUGAAUGGUCAUUUGGAAACAUGCCUAAGAAGGAUGCCUCCCGAUUUGUUCGAGCGGUUAAAAAAUUCGGAAACCCAAGCCAAAUUGGCUUAAUUGUGGAUGAUGUCGGUGGUGCAAUAGCAAAGGCUCCAUAUGAAGCACAGAUUGAGCUGUAUGAUUUGCUCAUUGAUGGCUGUCAGGAAGCUGUUAAAGAGAACACAGACGUCAAGGGCACGGUGUUGGAUUUUUUUGGUGUACCUGUGAAGGCCUAUGAGUUAUUAGCUCGUGUCGAAGAGCUUCAGUGCUUGGCAAAGCGCAUUGCACGUUACAAAGAUCCAGUUAGGCAAUACCGGAUCCAAUCUCCUUACAAAAAGCCGCAGUGGUCAGCAAGCUGUGGAUGGAUUGAAACUGAUGAUGCAAGGUUGCUGCUUGGCAUUCAUUGGUAUGGUUAUGGAAACUGGGAGAAGAUACGGUUGGAUCCAAAUCUUGGCCUGACAACAAAAAUUGCACCAGCAACACUUGGUGAAAGAGAAACGUUUUUACCACGUGCCCCAAACUUGGAUAAUCGUGCUAGUGCUCUCCUGCAAAAGGAAUUUGCCAAUCUGAGUGGAAAGAGCUCAAAAGCCAAAGGAGGCUCUAGUCAACCUGUCAAUAGUGAAAGCAAUGGUGGUGCCCGAUCAUCGAGAGGCCGACAAAAAGAUGCAAAACCAAAAGAUGAUAUUAAGUCAAUCAAAGAUGACAUUAAGAAACGCAAGGUGGUGGAAGCUGAAGCAAGAGAAGAGGGUGAAAUUUCAGAGUCUGAAGCAGAGACUAAAUAUCGUUUGGACAAGGAGGAAAAGUGGCUGGAAUGGUGCUCUGAAGUUUUGGAUGAUGAGCAGGACAUAUUGAAACGCCUGGAUAGGCUACAGAAUACAAGUGUAAACCUUCCGAAGGAAAAGGUUCUUUCAAGGAUACGCAGGUAUCUCCAGAUAAUUGGUGAAAAGAUAGGAAAGGUUGUUGUCCAACAUGGAGAAUCAUACAAGCAAUCCCGUAUGACCACGAGAUUAUGGAAUUAUGUGGCAACCUUUUCAAAUAUGUCCGGGGAUCAAUUGCGCGAUCUCUACUUAAAACUUAGUCAGGACCAAAUGGAAGCUGGAGUUGGCCCCUCACAUGGGGGCAAUUUUGCACCGGUUCCUCCCAACAGAGGAGGUGCUUCAAAUCAGCCUCAUCCUCCUAGAAACCAAAGGUCAACAAGGUCUUUCCAGAGCACUCCGGAGUCUCUCAAUAAUGGUGAAAACACUGGGAAUUCGGAAGCUUGGAAACGACGGAGGAGAGCUGAUCCAGAAAAUCAGUUUGACACCCAACCAUCGUAUCAACCUCCCCCAAUCAUGACAAAUGGAAACAGGGUGCAGGAGUCUAGCAGUUCUGCUGGUAUUCUUGGUUGGGGUCCAGUCGAAAUGAGACGAUAUGGCAUGGAAAGACCAAAACGAGGUGUUCAUCCCAAUCGAUUUCCUGGUGGGCCUGGACCUUUGCUUUAGCUGAAAGUAGUAAGCCUUGUCAGUUCCUAGAAGUCUUCAGCUUCUAUGGAGGUAGAAAUGGAGAAUUGAUUUUUUUUUGGCAAGAUAAAAGAAUAAGAUGUCAAUAUCUGAAUCACAGCUUGGAGUCUGCCUUAAAGAAACAGCAGGGGUUGCUGAGGAGAUUUUGGUACUUUUGAACAGCUGUACACAAAAGAUUCCUCUGACACCAAAACAUAGAUACAGAUCUUAUAAACCGCCAAGAGGAAGAGUCUCGAAAAUUUUGUCGGUUCAGUUUUGUGAAAUAGAAGAAAAUCAGUUGGGCUCUUUAAGAAGGUUCAUCUCAAACAUGAUCUAAUAGUUCAGCCUCAGUACAUGUAUCUUUUACAUUGCAAUAUAUAAUGAAUUAUGGUUUAUUUGA